AGUCGCAUGUCAAAACGAAAACAUGACAAUGAUUUUGACACUCUGAAAAAUCGGGCUCUAAAUUUCCCAUUCCUCUUUGCGCGUGUAUUAACGAAACCAUACAAGAUGGCCUCGUGUCAACCAUGCGGUCCUUUGCCCAGCAGUCGCCAAUCAAGAUCGAAAAUAACAUGUCCCCCAUGUCCUUGUCCUCCUUGCACACUCCCAGUCAUAGCAGACAGCUUACCGAAGUACCAGGUAAACCCUUGUGACCCCAAUAAACAGCUUGAUAAUAACUGCUGCAAUGUUUGCGUACCAAUACAACCACCAAGGAUGCCUGAACCUCCAAAAAAACCCAAGAAGAAGUGUAAGUACAUCCAACCGCCCAGACCAAAGUCUUACGCACCUGAGCGGAAGUUCAUACCACCAGAAAUGAAAAUGGAGGAGAACACCAUCUACAGGAAAUCUUACAUUCCUGUGGAUGCAGAGAAACCUGAUAAAAUCGUGCCUGAGAACAAUCUCUGUGUUGGCGAGGGCAAGAUAUCAGAUAACACAGUCAACAAGAUGUCUUAUCAACCGCAUAAAGUUAAACCAGCAUGUCCUAUCUACCCUUGCGAGCACAAGCUGAUCGGAGAAGGUCCCAUGCAAGAUAUAACAACGCAGAAGCACGACUAUGUACCCAAGCCCUUCGUCAGAUCGAACCCAAUAAGACCCUUCACCAAUUUAUACACAUCUGACUGUCCGCUCAGCGACAAAACGGUGAACAGAUUAUCUUACCUACCAGUGGACUUAGAGAAGUCCAAGGUGACUGCGAUACAUCCCACGAAUGCCAUAGCUCCUGCGACGGGUAAAAUCAGCGAUAAGACCGUGCAGAAGAUGUCUUAUCAACCUUGGAAGCCUACAGAGCCUAUGGAUAUGCCUUGGGCGCACAAACCUAAGUUCGUGCCUCCGAAGCUCAGGAUGGAUGAUAAUACAGUGCACAAAAUGAGCUAUGGGCCACCUGGGGAGUAUGUUGAGUGUGCUGAUGAUGAUCCUGAUUGUGUAGACUGUCCUGAGCCACCGUGUGAAGUACCGAAACCAUGCACUGGCCCAGCACAGUGCUGUAUGCCUUGUUGUUGUCCUAGAGCAGCGUGCUAAUGUCUGGUUGUGGUUUUUUUUCUGUGAUAAAUUUGAAGAGUGGAAAAUGAUGUCAUAUGUUUUUGUACUGUUUUUGUAUACUUUUGUUUACACUUAUACAAUACAAUGCGUGUACUGUACUGGCUACAAUUAUAUUUUGUAUCUACUU